AUGGCCACCAUCAUCCUCGGAGCCCAGUGGGGUGAUGAGGGCAAGGGCAAGAUUGUCGAUGUCAUUGCCCAAGACGGCAUCCAGCUGUGCUGUCGCGCGCAAGGCGGUCACAAUGCCGGCCACACCAUCACCAAAGACCUCAAUGGCACCAUGACCACCUUUGACGUCCACAUCCUUCCUUCGGGAGUCCUCACAGAAGGUUGCGUCAACCUCAUUGGCACUGGCUGUGUCGUCUACGUGCCCAACUUCUUCAAGGAGAUAGAGACUCUGGAGAACAAGGGCAUCCAGACCAAGGACCGCAUCCUCGUCAGCGACCGUUGCCACGUCGACCUGGACCUCCACACCAAAGUCGACGGCCUUGAAGAAGUUGAGCUGGGCAAGGCCAACAUUGGCACAACUGGCAAAGGCAUUGGCCCUACAUACUCUACAAAAGCAUCUCGCAGCGGUAUCCAUGUCGCCGAGAUCUUCAACAAGACGAAGUUCGACGAGAAGGUGCGCCAACUCGCAUACAGCUUUCAGAAAAGAUAUGGCGACUUGCUCAAGUAUGAUGUGGAAGACGAGAUCACACGCUUCGACGACUAUCGCGAGAGGCUGAAGCCAUAUGUCGUAGAUCAGGUCCCACUAAUCGAGUCAGCUGUCAAGGGCAACGUCCGGAUGCUGGUAGAAGGUAGCCAAGCUGCGAUGCUGGACAUCGACAAUGGCACGUACCCUUAUGUCACCUCCUCGAACACUGGCCUCGGUGGUGUCUUCACUGGUCUGCAUCUCAACCCUCGCAAGAUCCAGGAGACCAUUGGAGUCGUCAAGGCAUACACAACACGUGUCGGCUCAGGCCCGUUCCCCUCAGAACAAAACAAUGAGAUCGGCGAGAAGCUGCAGAAGAUCGGCAAAGAGUUCGGUGUCACUACUGGACGUACUCGGCGCUGCGGCUGGCUCGACUUGGUCGUGGUCAAGUUCUCACACAUCCUCAACUGGUACGACGCCAUCAACCUCACGAAGCUCGACAUCCUGGACGACUUCGACGAGAUCAAGAUUGCAACCGAGUACCGCUACAACGGCCAAAAGAUCACCUCUUUCCCAGCAGACCUUACAAUCCUCGAGAAGAUCGAAGUCAUCUACGAAACCCUCCCAGGCUGGAAGUCCAACACAGUCGGCAUGAGGAAGUACGAAGAACUCCCAGAGAAUGCGAGGAAGUACAUUGAAUAUAUCGAGAAGUUCGUGGACGUCAAGAUCAAGUAUAUCGGUACUGGACCUGGCAAUGAGAACAUGAUCGUGCGGUAG